AGAGACCCGGAUACAUCAUUUGCAUCGUCUAAGAUGCCCUAGGCCGGGAGAAGGGAAAUGUAAAUGGCUUCCAAAGUAAAAGAUGCUGUGGUGUGGUACCAGAAAAAGAUUGGCGCCUAUGAUCAACAGAUAUGGGAGAAAUCAGUGGAGCAGCGAGAAAUAAAGUUUAUUUCUCUGGGCUUGAGGAACAAGCCAAAGAAGACAGGACAUGUCAAACCAGACCUUAUAGACGUGGACUUGGUUAGAGGUUCGGCGUUUGCCAAGGCCAAACCAGAGAGUCCGUGGACGUCACUGACCCGCAAAGGCAUUGUUAGAGUUGUCUUCUUCCCGUUCUUUUAUCGAUGGUGGAUCCAGGUCACCUCCAGAGCCAUUUUCCUCUUACUGCUGGCUCUCUACCUGCUGCAAGUGGCGGCAGCAGUCCUAUAUGUGACCAUCUCUCAGCCUCAUGGGAUACCGACCACCGAGGUGUUUGGAGCCAUCUGGCUCAUGUUGCUGCUGGGCACCGUCCACUGUCAGAUUGUCUCCACCAGGACGCCAAAACCUGCCUCCAGCAGCGGGGGGAAGAGACGCAGGAAGUUGAGGAAGGCAUCUCAGAUGGAGGUGCAUAGGGAAGGCGACGGGUCUAGCACUACCGAUAACACACAGGAGGGGGCGCCACACUCCCACUCAGCCAGCACCACAUACAGCCUGGGCGCUCUCUUCCAAGAUUUCUGGCAUGAUAUCUGUAAAGCUGGAUCUAAGAAGUCCAAACUGUCCAUUGACAAGUCAACAGAGACAGACAACGGCUACGUGUCGCUGGACGGCCGGGUGACCAAUCGCAGCAGCGAGGAGGGGCUUCAGCUCCACGAGCAGCGAUGUGAUUCGCUAAAAAGGGCAGACGAGGUUUGCUGGAACUCUCAUGUCCAGCCAGCACACGCUCAAACGCCCCGCAGCACGGGACUGAUGUUGGCGAGCAGCAACAAGGAGCCAGCAUCAGAUGAAGCGUCCAGUGAGGAGGACCCUGAAGCAUCCUACAGCGCCCUCCGUAGGGGUGUUGAAAGAAUGAACAGCGACUGUACGCUCAGAAACCGCAAGAAUACACACCACUACAAGAAACACUACGCUGUGGAGGAUGUCCCAAAGUCUGGCACCAGCUGUAGCUCCAGAUGUUCCAGUCUGAGGACUCAAGACUCAGAGAGCACUCGACAUGAGUCUGAGACAGAGGACCUGAUGUGGGAAGACUUCCUGCACUGUGCCGAGUGCAGAUCGUCCUGCACCUCAGAGACAGGUCAGAAGACAAGAUUAGCAUAGAAAAGUUAAGGAAGCAUUUGUGACCAGCCCAAGCACCGAAUGGUGCUAGCACAGAGCUAAAGGGAACAUCGAAAACAUGCAAAGUGUCUGGAGAUUUAGCUCAGUGGGUAAAUCAGGCAAUCAGUAACAAACACUUAAAACAGUUAAA